AUGAAGCUUAUUUCAACUCUCGUCGUCUUGGCCAGCGCUGGCGCUGUCGUUGCUGAUGGUUUGGCUGGUGCCCAACCCGAGCCCCGUGUCAAACGCACCGAAAGUGCUUGGAACCUGCAGCCUAGAAACCUGGAGGCGACCAAGGCAAACCCUCGCUUCGUUCGAGCUGAAGGUACCUGGCAUCUGCAGCCCAAGCGAUCCGAUGCCGUGACAGACGACGUGGAGGACGGGUUAGUCCAGAAGCGGGACCUCGAGGCAACCAAGACAAACCCUCGAGCCAAGAGGGCAGACGGCACAUUCAACCUGGUCCCCCGACAAUCGGAGACGAAGGCAGCGGACAAGCGUAGCCUGGAGGCGACGAAGACCAACCCGAGGCUCAAGAGAGCUGACGGUACCUUCAACUUGGUGCCCCGCCAGUCAGAGACCAAGGCUGCAGACAAGCGAGAUAUUGAGGCGACCAAAACAAACCCCCGCGUCAAGCGAGCCGAUGGUACAUUCAAUUUGGUGCCUCGUCAGUCGGAGACCAAGGCCGCAGACAAGAGAAACGUAGAGGCCACCAAGACAAACCCUCGGAAGAGGCGCGCCGACGGGACUUUCAACCUCGUACCUCGUCAGUCGGAGACGAAAGCCGCAGACAAGCGGGACGUGGAGGAACGGGCUGAGAUGAAGCCCAGCAAGACCAAUCCUCGCAUCAAGAGAGCCGACGGCACGUGGAACCUUGUGCCUAGGCAGUCGAUUACGAAAGAGGCCCAGCUGUAG